UGGGGCUUUACGCUCAGUCGAUGACGCUAAAAACAUGCGCGCUUAACCUUGUGGCACUGAGAGUAUAUUAUCAAACCAAAUUGUGGAAACGGUGUUAGAACCACGUUUUUUAAGCUAUAAAUGCCGCCCGCAUUAUUCGGAAGCCAUGAGCAGAUAUGUUUUACCAGUCUCUUUUUUUGGAGCAGUGUUUGGAGCUGCUGCUUUACUGAAGAACCAUGUGACUGGAGGCCGGUGUCCCAGUAAGGCCACCAUCAAUGGAAAGACUGUGGUUAUAACAGGAGCCAACACGGGCAUCGGGAAGGAGACUGCCCAAGAACUGGCCAAGAGAGGGGGUCGGAUCAUUAUGGGAUGUCGGGAUAUGGUGAAGUGCGAGGCGGCUGCAAAGGAAAUAAGAGGGAAGACCCUGAAUCCUCACGUUUACUCCUGUCACCUCGACCUGGCCUCCGUGAAAUCCAUUCGAGAGUUUGCAGAGAGAAUCAAACGAGAGGAGCAGCGUGUGGAUGUACUCGUAAACAAUGCUGGAGUCAUGAGAUGUCCAGCAGGGAAGACAGAAGAUGGCUUCGACAUGCAGUUUGGAGUUAACCACUUAGGCCACUUCUUGUUGACCAACCUGCUGCUGGAUAAGUUGAAGGAGUCCGCCCCCAGCAGAGUGAUCAACAUGGCCUCGCUCGCCCACAUUGUUGGAAAGAUUGACUUCGAGGACUUGAACUGGGAGAAGAAGAAGUUUGAUACCAAGCAGGCGUACUGUCAGAGCAAGCUUGCCAAUGUUCUGUUCACCAGAGAGCUCGCCAAGCGAUUACAAGGCACAGGAGUCACAGUGAAUGCUGCGCACCCCGGCGUUGUUGCCACGGAGCUCGGGAGGCACACGGGUCUGCACCAAUCACAGUUCUCCAGCUCUGUGCUCAGUCCCUUUUUCUCCAUGUUGGUAAAGAGCCCAGAGCUGGGGGCCCAGCCCAGCGUCUACCUGGCAGUGUCCGAGGAGAUGGAAGGGGUGACGGGGAGGUACUAUGACGUGAUGACAGAAAAGGAACCGGCGCCCCAAGCCCUGGAUGAGGAGGCAGCUCGCAGGCUGUGGGAGGUCAGCAGCAGGCUGGUAGGUCUGGAGGAGAAAGGACAAUCCGACAAGUCAAACCCAGCAACAGAAGUCCAGAGCAAAGCUGCACAGACUGUCCAAGAGCAGAGACACAGUCCAGGACCCGCUGUGGGGCUGUAGGCCUGCUCUGGCCACUGGGCCGGCAGGGGAUAAUGGACCUUUAUUGCUUGAGCUGUGUCUGGCUCAUGAAACAAUUUACUGUCUGAGUCAUUUAGUCUGGUUGUCUGAAUAAAGACAGUCUUUUGUACAUGCCUUGAUGUUCCUGCAUCAGGGUUCUUUAAAACAUGUUCAACAAGCACCCUUUGACAAACGACUCUUUUCUUGAAAAGCAAGACUUUGUAUCAUUUUAAAGAAAAAAAGAAAAUAACACUUGUUUCUAGCAAAUGACAACUCAACUCACUUCAACACACUCGGGGGUUUUGCUGCUACAGCCUCACUUUGUCUGGUGUUACUAGCAGCUUAUGGUGGCCAAUGUUAGCUAACGUUCACAACCUUUUAAUAGAUAUUGCUGCUUAACUACAGGAAGCUUAUCAGUGUGGAUGUAGCCUCACGUUAGUGAGUCACUUUGUUUGUUUUGUUGACUUCAUGACUCUUCUCCUCUUAUGCUACUGUUGAACACGGUUUUAGCCUUUACCAGUAAAUAAAUUACUUAAUCGUCUUGUAAGUUAUUUUUAUUGAUUCAAAAACCGAUGGGAAGAUGGUAUAAAGAGUGCUGCAAAAAGAAAUGAACUAAUUAAAUAAAAUCUUAAGUAAAGAGGUAAAAAUGAAACGCCAAAGUACGGUUUACAGUGUGUACUAAAACUGGAAGGGGCUUGGAGAAACAUCUAAUCUGAGGGAAAAAAACAGAAAGGAAAGGAGGAUUACCUAAAAAGCCACUAAAAUCUUAAAAUCCCCACCAUAAAACAAGACUAUUUAAGCUUU